AUAUCACCAUUGAUUAUCCUUAGAUUAUGUAUGUGAUACAUCCGGUCUUUUGAUACAUUUUCAACCAAAUUUUGUUGGUAGACGAUGAAGCUAUCUCGGUUAACUUUACGCAUACAAGGUGUUUGUCGAAAUGCUUCAAAGAACCUCUUUAGCUCCUCCUCCUCCUCCUUGUCGUCGUCGUCUUUGUCAAGCAAAUUACUCACCUCGCAGACACCAUCAUCGGAGGUUACUGAAAGAAAGAAAGAAAAUUUAUCACGUAGAUCACCAACAUUUCCGACCAAAAACGAACCCAAUUCAUCACUAUACAGAAGAAUCUCACCGGUGGGUGAUCCCGACAUUUCGAUUAUACCAGUUCUUGAUCAAUGGGUCAGCGAAGGAAGGGAAGUUGAUAAAGAAUCUCUCAUUAACAUCAUUGCUUCCUUGAAGAAGUACAAAAGAUUCAAGCAUGCCCUUGAGAUAUCCGAGUGGAUGACCAACAAACGAUACAUACCUCCUAUGAAAGACGACAUUAAGAGCAGGCUGCCGUUGAUUUACAAAGUUCACGGUUUAGAGAAAGCCGAGGAAUUCUACAACAACAUCUCGCAGAUAUUCAAAGGCUAUGAGGUCGAUACCACCCUUCUUUAUAUCUAUUCCCUUGAAAAAUCCGUAGAUAAAGCCGAGGCCGUGAUGCAGAAGUUACGAAAGACGGGAUGUCCCAUGACUGCUUUUCCAUACAAUAUCUUGUUGAAUCUUUAUUACCAUAUCAGAGAUUGGGCGAAAAUGGAUGCGUUGACUAAAGAAAUGGCAAAGAAUGGGAUAUAUGGAGACCGACACUCGUUUACCCCACUGUUAAACGCUUAUGCCGCUAAUUCAGAUAUCGAAGGGUUAAAUAGGACCAUGGCCAUAAUGGAAGCCGACCCGCGAGUCUGUAUGGAUUGUAAAACGUAUAUUUUUGCAGCAAACGCGUUUUUGAAAACCGGGUUGGUUGAAAAAUGUUUGAAAUUGAUGAAAGAUGCCGAAAUGGCGAUCACUGUUAAGGAUAGAUACAAGAGUUUGAAUACUUUGCUCAGAAUGUAUACCGAUUUAGGAAAGAAAGAUGAAGUUUAUCGAAUCUGGAAGCGUUUAGCAGAGAAGAAGAUAUACAAUACGGGCUACCGGAGGAUGAUCAACUCGUUAUUGCGGUUUGAUGACGUUGAAGGAGCCGAGAGAGUUUUCGAAGAAUGGGAAACGAAAGGUUUGUCUUAUGAUUUCGUAAUACUGGAUGAACUCAUUGAUGUUUAUGUUAAAACAGGCAAUUUGGGGAAGGCGGAAAUUCUUUUAAAACAUGGGAUUGAAAAAGGGGGUAAUCCGACAUUUCGUACGUGGUAUUGUUUAACAAUCGGGUAUAUUGAAGAUAAUCAGGUCGUGAAAGGGUUCGAAGCGUUGAAGAAUGCAACGUUUUCUUGUCGAUUUUUGCCGUUUCAGGAACCCGUGAAGGAUAAACUAGCGAUCGUUUUGGAGUGUUUGGAAAGCCGAAGAAAUAUGGAAGAAGUAGCCGGAUUUAUGAAGUCGCUUGAGGCCGAAGGCAUAUUUUCAUCGACCGUAUGUGGGAGACUGCUCGAUUUCAUCGUGAAUGAAACUUCGAAAUCUUAAAAACCGGACCGAAUUGCACCAAUUAUUCGGGUUGAUCAGGUAAUUCCUUGUGGUUGCUAUGAA